UGACGAUGAGGUGGAGUUUUCCCUUGGUGUUCAUCUGACAUGGGGGCCGGGCUCCGGCAUUAACAGAAGAAGCAGUAUAUGCUCCUGACACGGAACGUGUCUGUGGGGUUGAAAUAUGAUGGGAAGCCCAUUUAAUAUCAGGCGCUGGACCAGCAAACACGUGGCCAAGUGGCUAAAGGAUGAAGGCUUCAGUGAAUAUGUUGAUCUUCUUUGUAAUAAGCACAGACUAGAUGGUAUUGCCUUGUUAACUUUGACUGAAUAUGAUUUGCGUUGCCCACCUUUAGAACUAAAAGUGUUGGGUGAUAUUAAAAGACUUAUGGUAUCUAUUCGGAAGCUACAAAAGCAGCACAAAGACAUUUUGGUCGAGAUGGGCUAUGCCAGCGAUGAAUGCCUUGCUGGCACUGUUGCACAUGCUAGUAAUUCAUCACAAAGCAGAGACUGCCAGUGUAAUGGUGUGGAUCAUUCCAGGGACACUAGUGUUUCUGGUGGAGACUUAAGGGUUGAACAAUAUCAGAAUGGCAAAUACUUCAAAUGUCAAACACGAAGACUUGACCCAGAGUUUUGGAAGACAGCUCUGAGUUCUGUUUAUGUAUUCAUAGUCUUUGGGUUUACAUCAAUUGUCAUGGUAGUAGUUCAUGAACGUGUGCCUGACAUGCAAACUUACCCACCACUACCAGACAUAUUCCUGGAUAGUGUCCCUAGAAUACCCUGGGCUUUCGCAAUGGCUGAAGUCUGCGGUGUUGUGCUCUGCACCAUUUGGUUGUUGUUGUUGCUGCUUCAUAAGCAUCGGUCUAUCUUAUUUCGUCGCAUGUGCAGCCUGAUGGGAACAGUGUUCCUAUUACGUUGUGUUACUAUGUUUGUUACCUCACUUUCUGUGCCUGGCCAUCAUCUGCAGUGUUCUGGAAAAUUGUAUGGAGAUGUAUGGGCCAAGUUUCAACGGGCACUUGCAAUUUGGAGUGGUUUUGGAAUGACUCUAACAGGCGUGCAUACUUGUGGGGACUACAUGUUCAGUGGCCACACAGUUGUUAUUACCAUGCUUAACUUCUUUGUCACAGAAUAUACUCCAAGAAGCUGGAACUUCUUGCACACCUUGUCUUGGGUGUUGAACCUGUUCGGGAUCUUCUUUAUCCUUGCUGCACAUGAACAUUAUUCAAUUGAUGUCUUCAUCGCAUUUUAUAUUACCACGAGACUCUUUUUGUAUUACCACACACUAGCCAAUACUCGAGCCUAUCAGCAAAGCCGAAGAGCACGGAUUUGGUUCCCAAUGUUUUCAUUCUUUGAAUGUAAUGUCAAUGGCCCUGUACCAAAUGAAUAUAGUUGGCCACUUUCUAGACCGAGAUUGUUGAAAGUCCUAAUUGGAUAAGAUGUAGUCCACACAAAUGAGUUAUCUUACAUUUGUUGGGCAAAGACAUUAUUAAUGGGGCAGUAGUUGGUUUUACACCCAAGGUUACUACAAUGGCUUGUAUUAAGCCAGGUGCGAACAUGAAGGAGAAAGGAGACUUUGAUACAAAUUAAUUGGUGGUUAGAUUGAUUCAUGAUUAGUCCACCAAAUUGGAAAUAUACUUUUUAUCCCCCCCCCCCCCAAAUAAGUCAAAGUGUCUUAACUUGGGAAUUCUUGCUCCAUUUGUUGGCCUUAUGCAAUGUGUGUGUUUUGAACAGGCAAACAUUUCACCCAGGAGCAACAGUGUACCUGAUGGACCAUGAAAUAUCCAGCCUUGGUUUUGGUAUUGAAAAUGCAGUGGGGUCCCAUAGAGUAGGGCUACAAAAAAAAGAAAGUUGUGUUAUCCUGAAGAGGAAGGUUAACUUUUUUAAGUCAGUGAGACUCUGGGAUUUUUCAGAGAGUUGACAUCUGAGAUGUUUGAAAGAAUUUUUCAUAGU